UAAACAUUUCAACACGUCAUUUCUCCAUUAGGCAAAAACGAACUGUUUUCGUCUGUUAUUUUUGGCGCGUUUCUUCUGGCAGUCUGCCAUUUCGCCUAUCAGCUGUUCAAAAUCCCAUAAUGUGUGAGUGCUGCCAAGUUUUGAAACGUCCUCAUGGGCGCGCUCUCUCUCAAAAUGAAUAAGUUUCACAUCUAGUUAUCUAUGAUGCUAUGUAUGACAUCUAGUUAUCUAUGAUCUAUGGUCAAAAUUCUGAAAUUUUUUGGCGUGGGAUAUUAUUUAAAUUGUGUUGUGGUGCUAAAAGUAAAAGAUGUUUGCAAAAAUUAGGGAAAGCAAUUGUGUUUUUUAAGUUGAUUACAAUACAUAGGAAUAAUCAAAAUGUUGAUGUUUGGCUCAGAUUGGUGUAUUCGGAAUUCGGUGUACAAGGUUUUAAAAUGUUGUGACUGCAACAGCGAUUUAUGCCGACGCUCAGUAACCAUUCAACAAUUUGGUUUUAAUUAAUUUGAAUCAAUUUUAGUUAUUCUGCAUUAUGAGCUUAACCCGCAAAUGUCUCCAAAAUGGAAGGCUGGAAUAUAACUAGUUGGUUUCCUACUAAAAGCAAAUGUGAGAAGUAAGAACAGCGGAAACGUACAACACAUAUAAUUAUUUGUAUUUUGCUCUGAAAUGGGGGCAGCAAUGGGGAAAAAUGGGGGAAACUUUUUAGAUGCGUUACCCUCGCAGGGCACAUUACACAUUGUUAUGCUUGGCCUUGACUCAGCCGGAAAAACAACGGCACUAUAUAGAUUAAAAUUUGAUCAGUAUUUAAAUACAGUACCUACAAUCGGAUUCAAUUGUGAAAAGGCUUUGGUUUAUUAAACAAUGAAAAAUUGUAACUGAUAACGCGGAUGUGUGAAAAAGUGUGUAACCAAAAAUAACAAAGGCAACAUUGUGUCGAUACAAGCAGAUGCAUAUGCAUUUAUUUUCCCAAAUUUGUUUACAAACAUAUUAAACACGGAAAUGGCGCUGAACGACGAGCAUCUUGUAUCGCUAGUGCAAGUCAAUAAAGAAUUAUGCGAUAAGAGUAAUCCUUUCUAUAAGUUCC